CUUUUAAAAUAAUUAUAAUAAUUCUGUUUUAACUUUAACCUAUACUGUUAUCUGUAAUAUUAAUUUAUCUGCAAUAGAUAUACUUAUCAGCUUCACUGUGUAGGUACUUAGACUAAACACAACAAACAUUUAAUUCUAAUUAUUAUCUUUUACCUUUGUUAUUGGUCAGAACUAAGCGAGUUCUUAAAAGAUAUGAAUAUGGGAGAUUAAAAAAUUCAAUAUCAUAAAUAUGUAAGUACAUUUACUCAGACCCGGCGACAGUGGCCGACUACGGGUACGGACGAGGACCCCCUGUAUGUUAUACGUAAUACCUCGCUGUGAUACUUCUAUAAUAAAAAAUGAUAAAUGCGUGUGUUUGCACUCACAGUAUGAUGUGAUAAUAUAUUUGUUUGCAUCAUCUUUUUGUAUAUUAUAUUCAGUAAUAAAGCGCAACAUUUAUUUAAAUAAAAAGUGUGCGAGUAGAAUUAUUACACCAAAUGAAGGCGUUUGCAAAACUUCAACUAUGAAGACACCCAGGCAGAACAAAUAGGUCCAUUGGACGUCUAUUCGAUAUACAAUUUUGGAUGUCUGGACGUCCAUAGAUGAGUUUUUCCUGGACUUCCGACGAUUAUAUGCACAUACUUAGAUUACUAUACGGGGCAAGAAGGAGGUCCGACACGCCCAACAUAGGGCGCGGCCAUUUUGAUUCCUAUGCCACAGUUUAUAGCUAAAGAAUCAGAUCGCGCACUCUGCCACCAGUUUAUACACUGCGCAACUCGGAUAGUACAAUAUAUGAUAACCGCCUAUAAUAAAACAGCAGUCUUCUGCGUAUCCUGAAUUUGUAUCCCUGGAGUGGAUGUUAUUUUGGAACUUUCAACUGGUCCGAGUGAGCUAACUGAUUCUUUAGCAAUAAACUGUGACUCCAAAAAUAAUAUUCACCGACACUGAGAGCAGAAAGCAAAAUAUCAGGCACUCAGAAAGCUGCGCAGUGCGACCAUUCUUUGUAUAGUAAAAGUAAAUCAAAGUAUGUGGGUUUCAACACAUACUUUAAAUUUUAAUAAGCUGGUCAUCGAUCACUUCGCAAGCCAAAAAUCCAGAAGAAUGGACUUCAACUAUAAGAAAUAGUAUACUACUGCAGCGGUACCUAGCAGUAAGUCUUUAAUUUUGUAAUAUUUAAUUUUUUUUGAAAUACAUUUAAUUUUCAUUAAGCGGAGAACUUGUUUUCCUAAAGGAAAAACGAAUCCCGGGAUUUCUUUCCAGUGUGUGUCCCACUGCCGCUAGUGCCCACGAGCCGCCACUGCUAGAUACCAUCCAUUAACGUAGUAAAGUUGAUUACACCUGUGAAAUUAGGCGAAAAACCGUACAUAUUCGAUACUCGUUAAAAGGUUUUCAUUGUUUUUCUCGGAAGGCUGAUUUUGGACAUGUACGGUUUUUGAACUUACCGGUUUAAUUAUUAUACACCGAUUCUGAAAAAUUUCUAGGGAAACAGGUAUAUUUAUAUGAUGGUUUGGAAAAAAAUAUUAUUCCAAUACGCUUUAUUCUCAUGUGCAUAGUUUCCAAAAGAUUCAAAUGCAUCUGAACAGUUUUAUUCAUGCGAAACAAAAUAGUUAUCAAAUGGUCUUUCUAUGAAUAUCAACCAAUAUUUCCGAAAAUGUUUUGGUAUGCUACAAAUUAUUUAUGUAAAAAUUAAUAUAUGGACACUUACUCCUCGAGCCGAUUCUGUCCUGUAAAUAGUAACAUGUCAUGUGCCAUCUUAUCAGUUACAGAGUUGCCAGAUGUACGAUAAUUAUCGUAUUUUGUACAAUAAAUACAAGCAGGGUAAAAUGUUCAAUAUACGAUCCAUAAAUGGAUAAAUGUACGAUAAUUUCUGAAUGUUGAUAAAAAAUAUAUAUUAAAUUAGCUGACCUUAAAAAUAAUAAUAUAAAAAGAACUACCGGGCGACCUUGAGAUUAUUAUGUUUGGCGCUGGCUGAGAUUUUGUUCUUCGGGGAAUUACAGACGACCGAUUUUCAGCGAGAGGCAAUAAGAGGAUUGUUCUUUUCGUAUUUUCCGAUUUCGUUUAGCUUUACACUCUUUAGUCGUACAAUGAAAAAAAAAAUAUUCUUUUAAGUUUUUUCCACGUUUAUUCAAUAAAAUUAUAUUUUUCAAUUAACCUAACCCUAAUAACCCCUUUAACCACCCUCCGAUGACGUCACACUAAUAAGGUCAGUAUUGUACGAUAAAAUCAUGAUAGAAUCGGUAAUGUCUACAGCAUUCUACAAUAAUUUCGUUUCGGUCAUCUAGCAAGCAACACUGCUCAUAGUUAUUAUGGCCCUCAUCAUGCAGGGGUCAAUUUUUUUUACGAUGUUCAUCUAUAUCUAAGGUUUCGGAGAUUUAUGAUUUGAACUGACAACACCGCACCGCAGAAUUCAAACAUUUUGAAAAUCGAAGUAAAAUGUACCGUUUUCCAUUAACGUAUUUUUAUUUAUCAUCUAAUUUUAAAUUAAGAUUAAUGUCAUGAUAAUUAUAUGCUAUAAACAUGAUUACACAUAAAUCAAAGUAUGUGCAUGAUUAUCAUUUAACUGUGAACUAAACUAACCUCACAAAAUUCAUUAUAUUUCCAGCUCAUUCAUCUGACAUAACCAAAAAAAACAAUGUUAAAAACAUUAUCCACAUAUUUUUACAGAACUUCUAGUAAAUUGGACCGGAAUUUAGUAUUAAAAAGAACUAUCUCAACUACUCCAGCUAUGUCUACAAUUGAGAAAACGUUUGACUUACCCAAAAGAUAUAAAGGUACCAAGGAGAGUGUUUGGACUGAGUAUAUUCAAUUAGCAAUAGAUUAUAAACCUUUAAAUCUUGGACAAGGCUUUCCUGAUUAUCCACCACCUCAGUAUGUUAUGGAUGCUUUAGCGAAAGCUUCUACACAAUCUGAUUAUAUGCUCCACCAGUAUACAAGGGGAUUUGGGCAUCCAAGACUUGUAUCUGCAAUAGCAAAAUUAUAUUCUAAGUUAAUAGGAAGGGAAAUAAAUGAAAAAUCUGAAGUUAUUACUACUAUCGGUGCAUAUGAAGCUUUAUUUUCAGCUAUUAUGGGCCAUACAGAAGUUGGAGAUGAAGUUAUUAUUAUAGAACCAUUUUAUGACUGUUAUGAACCAAUGGUUAGGUAUGCUGGAGGAAUACCAAGGUUUAUACCCCUUAGAUUGAAAAAUGUGGAAGGAAGGUUACCAACUUCUGCUGAUUGGGUUUUAGACAAAGAUGAGCUCGAAGGUCUUUUUAAUGAGAAAACUAAAAGUAUAAUCAUUAAUACUCCUAAUAACCCCUUGGGAAAAGUAUUUACCGAAGAGGAAUUGACUCAUAUAGCAAAUUUAUGUAAAAAAUGGAACACUUUGUGCAUAUCUGAUGAAGUUUACGAAUGGAUUGUUUAUGAACCAAAUAAGCAUAUUAGAAUAGCCAGUCUGCCUGAUAUGUGGGAAAGAACCAUAACAAUUGGUUCAGCUGGGAAAACGUUUAGCGUCACCGGUUGGAAAGUAGGUUGGGCUUACUGCCCAGCAAAUUUAAUGAGGAAUUUACAGAUGAUCCACCAAAAUAGUGUAUAUACUGGAGUGACACCUAUACAGGAAGCUGUAGCCAUUGGAUUUGAAUUGGAGAUGGAAAGACUGGGUAGUGAAGAAUGUUUCUUUGUAUCGUUACCUAAAGAGCUAGAAAGUAAACGGGACUAUAUGGCGAAAUUUUUACUAGAUGUUGGAAUGAAACCAACUAUACCAGAAGGGGGAUAUUUUAUGUUAGCAGAUUGGACACCUUUAGAAUCAAAGGUAGAUCUGAGUUCAGAAAAGGAUAAAGAAAAAGAUUACAAAUUCACCAAAUGGAUGACGAAGAAUAUUGGUUUUCAAGGAAUUCCUCCAUCGGCAUUUUACAAUGAAUCGCAUAAGAAUCUAGGAGAAAAUUUUGUUAGAUAUUGCUUCAUUAAGAAAGAUGAAAAUCUAAAACAGGCGGCUGAUAUUUUACAAAAAUGGAAACUUUCUUUAAAAUGAAUAACUGUUGAUUUAUUUUAGAUCAAAUUGUAAAUAAUAUAGAACUAUAUAUUUUAUUGCCACAAAUGUAUAUGGAUUAGUUUAAAUUAGACUUGUCUAGUUUUGACAAGAAUUUGUAUACUUUUUCACCCACCGUUUAAAGUACUGUAUCCAUCUUUAUUUUUAAGUAGACUCAGCAGUCUUGGCUGUGCUCCUGGAUGAAGUACAAAAUUCAUGUAAAACGUGCAAUGUCAGGUCGCUUACUUUCUUUCAAAAUUCUUUAUUUACAUUAUACCCAAAAACUCACUUGCUUUGGCGUUGGAGCAACUCGGGUCAAAUUUAUAGAUCGUGAGCUUGGAGUGCCACCACCAUGUCUUGCGACAUAUGAAAAUAUUGGCUAGAUUGUGAAGUUUUUGUAUGUGCUUACUUGUAUGUCUUCAUUGAAAAACGUAUGACAGGUCGCCGAUGACGCCCCGCCCAACCGUUCAGUUCACCCGCCGACCAAAAUCAGUGACCCUGGCUGUAUUGAUGCCCCGCCCACCCGUUCAGUCCACCCGCCGACCAGAAUCAGUGACCCUGGCUGUAUUGAUGCCCCGCCCACCCGUUCAGUCCACCCGCCGACUAGAAUCAGUGACCCUGGCUGUAUUGAUGCCCCGCCCACCCGUUCAGUCCUCCGGCCGACCAGAAUCGGUGACCCUGGCUGUAUUUAAGUAGUACACUAGUAACUAGUCGCGUUUUCUUUAAAAUCUCAUUUUCAUGCGCAAACUCAACCGAAGCCCGAUAUAAAUAAAAAACCGAUUUAUUUUCUAUUUAUUAACAUUAAAUUGAGCUUCGUCCAAUCCAAGCUAUCGUUCCGAUAACAGUUUUUCUUUGAAUUUUUUUCAGGGUUGUUAGGAUCAGUGAAUGGAGUGGGCGUUGGAAUAAUUAAUUAAAUUUCGUAAUCAAUAGAUUUAUUUAACCAAUUUAGCUUUUAAUUAAGGUUAACCUUUCUCUUUUAGCUCCCGGAAAGUAUUUGACGUAAUAAUAACGAUUAAAGCCCGUCAUUACACUUUCAUAUUCACAGUCUGAUAUCAACGAAAUCUCUGGAAUUUUCAGUCAUCACUAUUAACAAAACUGCCGCUAGUGUUUUCGAGUCUAAGGCGUCAUUUGUAAGGUUUAUAUAUUCUAUAAAAUAAAAAAUAAGUGAAACUGCUUUCGGCUCGCUAUGGCAUGGAAAAUAUAAGGAGUGAAUUGAUAAAAACAACUUAUUUUGAUGUCCUGGCACCUUAGCUGAUACUUGUAGUGCUAUCUCGACUAUUUCACUGCUAUCGUGCGUUCAAUAACGCAAUCUUCUUUUAGAUAAGGUAGAAAAAUACAAAAUUCCAAUUUUUAUAACAUUUUAUUGUAAAAACAAAACAAUAUUUGUAUAAUUUAAAUGUAUAUUAAUAGAAUAACUUAAAAACUCCACCUUCAAAACAUACAUGCACUCACAACCACUUACAAUUACACUGAAAAAAUUGUUUAUACUUAAACUUCUAAAUGAUCACCUAUAAACAAAUAUUUCCAACCACAUUUUCGUACCGAAGAAUAAUUAUAUUUAACAAGCUACUUCAUGUCAGUUUCUUUGAACCUGACGAAGUCUUUGUCAGCGAAUUAAAAAUGGUUAAAUUAUUUAAAUUAUUAAAAGAUGAAUUAAAAUCAAAAUUUGAAUAAGAAAAAAAUUUUGAUCAUAAGAAAACUCCAUUUCAUUUUUUAUCAAACGUAGCAGAUAACAAAAUGACAGGAAAAACAAUUACAAAUUAAAAAUAUUGACGUUUGACAGAAAAGAUAUGACGAAGAUUUAAUAAAGAAAGUGGGAACAACGAUGCCUAUUAAAACAAUAGACAACGCAGCCAACUUAUUAAUUUAAAAUUGACACUAAUGACAAGAAAUCGAAUCAAAUAAAGAGGCUAUUUUACAUACAAUGUACAUGUUGACCAAAUAUGUCAAUAAUAUUAAUAGUUAGAACAUACAUAGGUGUAAACCAUAGACGUGCAUAACGUAACUAGUGUUAUAUGUUGUAUGAAAUUUGUAACAGCAAUAUUUCAUAUCUGACAUAAACAGAUGAAACCAAAUCAAAAGGAAUGUUUAAAAAAACGGAAUUUCUAAUGUCAUUAGUAUCCAUUUUACUUAUAUUAGCAGCAUUGUCGCUGUAUCUCUCUAUACGCUAUAUCAGUGUGACAUUUGUGUACAGAAAAAUUUUAGCUAACAGACUUACAAAUACCGUUAUGUUAGGGGAUCCAUCAUGAACAUGAACGUCUAUAAAGCACCCACACUGUAUGUGCCUGACUAAAAAUAUAAAAUUGAAACGUAAACAGACAUAGAUUGCUCUACUGUGACCAAGUUACUGAAAGCUCAAGCCGACUAGCUGUAAUUUGGUCGGCGGGUAAACUGCACGGUGGGCGUGUCUUCACUAAAAACGACACCCUCGAUUUCUAUACGACAUAACUAACAACAGACACAGCUUUGAAAUAAGAUCAACUACCGAUUCUUCAAAUAAAAUCAUAAUUGCCGCAUAAUAUCUAAGAUAAGGAGGUAGCAACCCCUAUAACAUCAAUAAACAUCUGGCAUAUCAUGAUCAGGGUACGAGACGACGCCUAGACACCUCCAGUUUCGGCAAGAGGACAGGGCGAAGAAAUCGAUACAGAUUUCAAUUGUAGAUGUAAAUUUUAUACUUUUACCAUGUAAAUAAAUAUAUUCUAUGCUCUAUACUCGAUUUCUAUACGUACUCCAUAAAGUCAACAAAAGACAUUACAAACUCAAAUGCAUUAUCGCCUGUAGGCUAACAGUAGAAUCAUUAGAUAAGGAGGGGAAAGAUUGAUGUCAAUUUGCGACUGAAAGCGAAGACGUUAUCCAAGAACCUUCAGCGCAAACAAGAAAAGGGUAAAAGUCAGUUUAUGCAUCUAUAGAUAAACAUUUUUUGAAUUUAAAUAAAAUUUGUUGAAUGGAAUUGAAUUAAGAACAGACCUAAUUAUAAAAUGAACAAUAUAUGAGAAUACCUAUGUGGGUCUCAGAAGGGAAGGGGAGUAAUAAGCGGAAUAAAGCAAUGCAAGAAUUGGGAAUUAGUAAAAAAAAUUGUAAAUAUAUUGCAAAUAACUUUAAAAUAUGCAAAAGAUAGUGUGAAAGACUGACUACGUCAUGUAAACCCUUUGUCCACAAUAUUGUUUAACAUAUUAGAUAAAGUAAUCAGAAUAGCAAAUAAUAAUAAAGUGGGAUUACUUUACCAUACAAAAACAUCAGUGUCUUGCCUAAGCAAUAAGAAAAAACCGAAUUGAGAGAAAUACAGGAUAUAAAAAUCGGCUUGAAAAGUAGAACUAGAAAAAUGAGGACAAAGUACAUGAAUUGGGCAGGUAAGCAGUACUAUAAAGAGAACAAGUUUGUAGGCAACACAGAUACAGUUUUAAGGAAAAAUCAACUUUCAAAUAUUUUGGAAUAACAGUGACUAGACAUCCAGGAUCUGAAGAAAGGAUACAGGCUAGUCGUAUAAAAGGUAAUAGAUGCAUAGUGUAUAAAACGAGUGUUCGUCCAAUAGUAAUCUUUGCAAACGAGAUUUGGAUAUUAAGACAGAAAUAUAUACACACUUGCAAUAUGGGAAAAAAGUGCUUUGGAGAUAAAACAAUUGAUGAGCUUCGGGAAAGAUCAGAAACGAUAAAAACGUAUGCCCUAUUAGAUGAAGCAUCAAACACUUUAAUAGCAUCAACAACUAUUUUCUUUGCAAUGGACCAACUUAAAGGCCAAAUAAUAAUAAUAAUAAUAAUACUCUCCCUAAUUCACCCCCUUACGAGUGAAUUUUAAUCCCAAAAGCUGAGCUUGUGCGGGGAAAGGGACGGCUAUUAUUAUUUGCCGUGGUGCUCCGGGGCGACUUAAAGAUUAUUGAUGGUGCCAUUUAACUUACAGGUGAGAAAAACCCGGAAAACCUCACCCACCAUCAUCGAGACGGUAAUGCAUGGCGAUUUUAUAAUCUGCAUGUCAUAUCAACAGAAAUUGAAUUUUUAUUAAUACGGCACACAUCAAAUCCUAUACCGAACCAUGCAAUUUAAUUAAAAAUCCACAUGGUCUGGUCUGGGAUUUGAAGUCCGAUAGUUUCUGACCAUAAACUUGCCUAUAAAUGAAUAUAAGCGCGUUAGACUGUUACACCACCGACCCGACAAAGAAAAAGAACAUUCCCGAACUGAAAGCCUUUAAAUUAGUGAACAUUUUCUAAGAAGAGUACGUGCAGAUAUGGAUCUACAGUCUACACCUCCCCAGUUACAAUAAAUAACGAAAUUAGUGAGCUAUAUACAUAUUCGGCUUUAAAACUAUAACGAGCAACAAAAAGAAGAAUAUUCAUAUGAAGCGUUGGCCAUCCCAUAACACCGAUCGAUAUCAUCCGCCAUCGAUGCGCGGGAUUUACAGCGUGUUCGCUUUUUACAAAGUUAUCGCAAUUCCUCCUGUUAAUCGGCAAUACCAAAGAAAAAUUUAAGCUGAAUUUGUAUACUCAAAUAUAACGCAAAGAACACGAUGGAUAAAUCAUAUUUUGGGGAUGCCAAUGGAUAGGAUUCAGAUGAAAAAAAAGCUUAAAAUAAAAAGUUAUGGAAAGAAAUUGUAAACAAAGCCAUAGAUUUCCUAGGCUCUUAGAAAUUAAUGUUCAAGUGGAUACAAUCUGGAAAAUAAUAGAAAUAAAAUGUUAGCGAAUACUUAUGACCUCUAUUUUUAUAAGUCUACUGUCAUCUGUCAUUGGAACACAAAUUACGUCAUCGCCAAUAUAGCGUAUUGGAAAAAAGUAUUACUAUUAUUAAUGAGCGAUUACUCUUAUACAGGGUGUGUCAGUAUUACAAAAUUUAUACACAAACUAAAUGCAUUUUGAUUGCUAAAUUGUUCUGGAAUUUUUAAAAAUAUUUAAAACUUUUUAGUUAGAGCAAAAAGUAGGCUAAAACCCAUUGAAUUUAUUAUUUUUUAAGAAAAGUAGUAGGAAUAGGACAUUGGAUUUAUUGUAAAGAAAAAAUAUUUUUAUUUUUUUGAAUGAUUAUCGUUAACACAAUUUUUUUUUUUUUUUUUUUCAUAGAUUAUAUGACGUCAAAGAUUUUAGUUUUGAAGAAGUUUCCUUUGAUAAAAUAUUACAUUUUCAUCCCCCUUCCAGAAAAGUAUAUUUCGCACCAUACUGAUAAUGAUAAUUAGUUUUUUAUUAAAACUGCACUAAUUUGAUUUGUCACUAUUCGAUGAUCUUGUCUCCUUAACUGUCGAAGCUCAACUAGAUUUAUGACACUUCAUAAUCAUAAAUUCGCAACUUUGUAGAAUGAGAAGAACGACACAUUUUAAAGUCAUCGGAGAAUAGAAAAGUGAGAAGCGCCAGCCAGAAAGCCGGACUGAGAUAGAACACGCAGAGGAGAAGAAAACUUAGAACAGAAGAAUAGUGACAAAAUACCAAACCUGUAUUUUCGAGGACAUCCAUUUUAAAGUCAUCAGAGAAAAAGCGAGAAACACCAUGAAGCAGUACUGAGAUAGAGGGACACGCGAAUGAGAAGAAAACUCAGAAUCUAGUAAUAACCGUUAGAACACAAGAAUAGUGACAACACUCAAAAUCUACAUUUUCGAGAACAUCCAUUUUAAAGUUUCUUGUUUUUUGUAUUUUAAAAAUAUUUAAAUCUUUUUUGAAAGUAUUCAAAAAAUAACAAUUUGGCUUUGUUAACCAGAAAAAACCCAAAAAUAUUACAUUUUCAUCCCUCUUUUGAGUUAUGACGAUCCUCCAGAAAAGUAUAUUUCGCACCAUAUUGAUAAUGGCCUUUUCAACAAUAGUGUCCCAAUUUGUUUUGUGCCACUAUUAAAAAUAAUGUUCUUAGUUUAUUUUUAAUAAAACAGGCUUAUUUUUGAAUGAUGUCACACUAGCAGACAAUUUAUGAUCUUGAUUGUCGUAGUAACUAAAUUUGUGUCGCUAUUCAUCAUUAGAAACUCGUGAAAAACGACACAUUUUCACAAUAAGCUCGUAAAAGGAAAAUUUUGAGUUAUGACACUAUUAUUUUGCAACAAAAAUAUGAUAAAAUUAUUAAACGUUUUAGAAAAUUGAACCCAUCCCAUACUGAGGUUGGAAAUUUCUUCAUACCUGAAGGAGGAGACCAUUAGGUUCUAUUUCAUUUUGUGGUGAAUUUAUUACUUAACAUGCCCAUAAAAAUGAGAUUUAAAUCUUUUUUUUUGUAUUCAAACAAGUUUGAUUUGAUAACAGGAAGAAAAAACUCACAAUAUAUAUUUUCAUCACUCUUUUGAGUUAUAACGAUCUUCCAGAAAAGUAUAUUUCACACCCUAUCGAUCUUUUCAAAAAUAAUGUUCCAAUUUGACUUGUGCCACUAUUGAAAAUAAUGUUCUUAGCUUACUUUUAUUUAAACUGACAAAUUUGGAUUUAUUUCACUAUAUCCGAAAAUUGAUGAUCUUGUCUCAUUGAUUGUCACAAUAAGCUCGAAAAUUGAAAUUUUGAGUUGUGUCACUAUUCUUUUGUAACAACGAUAUGAUAAAAUUAUUAAAAGGUUUAGGAAAUUGAACCCAUCCUAUAUUGAGGUUAAACUUUAGUAGUUUAUACUUGAAGGAGGAGACCAUUAGGUUCUACUUCAUUUUGUGGUGAAUUUAUUACUUAUCACGACCAUAAAAACUAAAUUUAAAUCAUUUUUGUAUUCAAACAAUAAGUUUGCUUUGAUAACUUUAAGAAAACAGCAAAAUAUAUUAUAUUUUCAUCUCUAUUUUAAGUUAUGACGAUCUUUCAGAAACGUAUAUUUCAUACCAUUAUCGAUAAUGACCUUUUCAACAAUAAUGUCCCAAUUUGACAAGAACAUUAUUUUCAACAAAACUGGCAUAUUUUGAUUUAUGUCAUUGUCGCAGAAAAUUGAUGAUCUUGUCUCACUGAUUGUCGCAGGCACACGUAGAUGUGUGUUGCUAUUCAUCAUCAUAAAUUCGCGACUGUAGAAAAGGAAGAACGACACAUUUUCACAGAAAAUUAAAAAUUUUAUUUGUGUCACUAUUCUUGUGUACCAAACGAUAUGAGGAAAUUAUUCAACAUUUUAGGUAACUGAGGUUGAAUUUUGAAGGAGAAUACCCUUUAGAUUCUAUUUUGUUUUGGGGUCAGUUAUUAUCCUAAAAACGAAAUUUAAAUGGCCCUAGCCUACUUUAUCAGUAAGUAAUGCUGAUACAGCCUGUAAUUGGUUGUAAUUAGGAUGAAAAUUCUAAUUGGAUUAUUCCCAUAGGCACUGAUAAUCCUAAUAAAUUUACUGUAAAUAGAAAGACCAAUAAUCUCAACUGCCGAACGUGUUCUGCAAAUCAACAAAUAUAUUUAUUUCGUCGUGUAAAAUUCGGCAAACCAGAUAUUGUCGCAUCUAUUACAGAAUAAGCGUAUUCUCGUUUCUGUACACUUAGUGAUAAUAACACAGAUUUAAAGGAGUUGUUUAGUAUAUAUGUCAUCGCAAAUAGAAUAGAUUCGAUUUUUUUGUUUUUAAAUUUUAAUUUUAUUAUAAAUGAACGAAAAAGAAAAAUUUUUAAAGUCCGUUUCACAGAAGCAUCGUGCGAUCGUUACUGUGAGACGAAUUUUAAGUUUUUCUUUUUUUAUUUUUGAAAAUUAUAUAUGGAAAUGCAUUAUAAGACAUAUAUACUAAUAUUAUCCAGUUUUUCCAGUUUUAAAGAAGAAAUGUCGUAUAUAUAGAGUAUUGUGAUAUUCUACCAAUGAUAUAUUGAUAAAAAAUUAAGCCUUUCAACUGUUCAAUCUUCAAGAUUUUGGUAGAAAACGUUUUCUAUGAAAACAUUUUAUUAAAUAAACUUCAUAGGUUGUAUGUGAAAUGGUGAGAGAAAAGGAAGUGAUCAACUCCAACCUGGUCGACCACCCAUGUUUUCACAUUGCGAAAUUCAAAGUUGGUAACUUAACGACUUGAGCCAUGAAGGCAAGUUUUUAACUAUACUGAAAUUCGUUAAUAAUAGGCACAUAAUAUGUAGGAGUUUUAACUUUCAUUCCUCACCUACAUUUCUUGUAUUUUUGUAUUGUAACUAACUAAAAUGAAAAUAGAUUUUUGGUAUUUAUUAAGAGUUUUUUCUUCUACUAUGUUAAAAAAUACCAAUGUUUAUUUUUAGAACAAACGUUUCGACUUACUUUUUCAUUAAGUCGCAAGAGCUAUAAUUUAUCAUCAUUAAAGCAUUGUUUAUCGAAAAUAUCACAACUCCCUGUAUCAUUCACGCUACUUGAACUAAAACAAGUGGCGAAAAGGCAUUUUUCUAUUUCUAAUAAACGUAAUUAUAACAACUUUUAAACAUUUAACACCAGGUACCCGAUUCUUGAAUUUCCUUCAUUAUUUUAUAUUGAAAAUUACUAUUUUGCAAUCUAUUAUUAACGAAAUUAAUAGUGGUGCACAAUGAAACCCUUGAGGUAUUCCAGAAGAGACAUUAAUUGACCUUGAUUUAUUUUUAUCCUCUAUUCUAA